AUGACAGUUUCUUGGCCUCCAUGUAAAGCCAAUCCAUUGGGUAUCGCUACGUUAUCCCUCGGCAACUGGCGAGAGCAUCGUUUAGAACCACGACUGAAAGCCGCGGCGAAAUCGGGAUAUCAAUGGAUCGAUCUGUUUGACGAGUGUUGGGCUGCGUACCUGGAAGAACAUGGACUGCCGGGAGACCAACUUUGGGAACCGACUGCAGAGAAUCUGCACGUUGCUCGAAAAUUGGCUCGUGUUGUCAAAUCCUUAGGAUUGCGGGUUGCUUGCACCCAACCUCUUCGGAACAUCGAGGGAAUCAAAGACCCAGUCGAACGCCAGGCUGCCUUCGAUCUAGUCGCCAAACGAUUCCCUUUCAUGCGCGCCUUUGACACCGAUCUUGUCUUUAUGUGUGCGAAUGUCCGCACCGAUGAGGGAGUGACAUCUGAUCUCAAGAGGGUCGCGAGGGACCUCGCAGAACUGGGCGACAUGGCGGCUGCUUACGCGAGGGCUGAUGGUGGGCGCAUGUUAAAAAUUGGGUACGAGGGCUUAUCUUGGGCAACUCGAAAUACAUGGUCGGCCUCAUGGGAAGCCGUACGAUUUGCCAACCGCCCUAACGUUGGCCUGAUCGUGGAUGCCUUCAAUAUCCUCGCCGUCGAGUUUGCUGAUCCGUACAAUGUUGCUGGCCACGGGCGGAUCUACCCAACCUUGGAGGAAUCUCUGGAUAUUCUUACCGGAUCACUCGCGUCAUUAGUGUCGACGGUACCAGGUGAUCGGAUCUUCUUCUUCCAAUGCGGCGAUGCGGAGUUGAUGAACCCAACAACUUUCCUCCCUCCAACAGACCCGGAAACACCAGCACUGCUCCCAUGGUCGCGAAGUCAUCGGCUAUAUCCUCUUGAGAAGUCUAGAGGUGCGUAUAUGCCGGUUGAGCUUGUCACAGCUGCUGUGCUUGCCACCGGGUACCUAGGUCCAGUCUCGCUUGAGGUGUUUAAUGCAUCACUGAACCAACCAGGAGAAAUGGUUCCGGCAGAACAUGCUUCCAGGGGAAUCAAUGGUCUUCGCCUCUUGUGUGAAACUGCAAAGUCCAUUCCAGCUUUUUGGCAAAGCCACGGGGAACGUAAGAAUGCUAUCGCACAAGUAGUGCGUCGGCUCCAGUCAGAUGAAGACAAGCAUAAACUAUGA